AUGUCCACCCGUAUCUUUUUACAACGGUUCCUGCGACCGCGUUUGCGCAUAAAUCAUGCACGUCCGAUCUCAUAUACGAAGCUCCUCUCCACACUCCCCAAUAUCCCAAUCUUUCGCGCCCUGCAGAAUCAUGAUCCCUCUAGCCUAGCAGUUGUCCACAGCGCAUCAAACCGCAGCUUUACAUACGGCAAUCUCGUGGCUGAUGUCCUCCGUGUGAAAGAUGAUCUAGAGCGUAAAGCCUCGGGCAAGCUCUCCGGGGAACGAGUUGCGUUUUUGGCGGAGAAUAGCUAUGACUAUGUAGUCACUCUCUUGGCUAUCUUUGCUAGUGAUGCGAUUGCCCUGCCGUUGUCUCCGUCUUUCCCUGUUGGUGAAUUGCAAUAUAUUCUGGACAACUCUCAGGCGAAGGUGCUUCUUGCGACUGAGAAGUACGCUGAUAAAGCGGCUCAGGUCCUCACGGCCGGAUUGGAACUAGAUCCUUUGUUUGAUGUUCGACGGAAGAUUGAGGUUGGCACGAGUGCCGAGUCUGUUCAGCUGGAUAGUCGCGAACAGACUUCAUCUGGAAUGAUGCUCUAUACUUCGGGAACUACGAAUCGACCGAAAGGCGUACUUAUUCCUGAGUCCGCAAUCACGGCGCAAGCAUCAUCCCUGCUACAAGCGUGGAAGUACACACCACAAGACCGGCUCUUACAUCUACUCCCACUACACCACAUUCACGGCGUAGUAAACGCAACCUUAACACCAAUCUUCUCUGGAUCCUCCAUCGAGUUCAUGUACCCCUUCAACCCGGAACAAGUGUGGCGUCGUCUUGCCGCACCAUUCAUCCCAUCUGAGAAUAAGCCCAAAAUCACUUUCUUAACCGCCGUUCCAACAAUAUACAACCGUCUAAUGACCUCCUUCCCGUCACUUUCCCAGGAAGUCCAAUCCGCUGCACAAAAGGGUAUACACCCCGACAACCUUCGCCUCAACAUCUCCGGUUCAGCAGCCCUCCCAACACCCACAAAAGAAAGGUGGACCGCCCUCAGUGGUGGGAACGUCCUCCUGGAACGAUUCGGCAUGACAGAAGUUGGUAUGGCGAUUAGCUGUGGCCUUGACCCGGCAGACCGUGUCGAUGGUAGUGUGGGGUGGCCGCUACCGGGAGUCGAAGCUCGUCUCGUAGAUACAGAGACUGAACAGGUCAUACCCAUCGGCCAAGAAACAGAUGCCAACGGCCGAGCUCUCGAAGGCGAGAUCCAGCUACGGGGAGCUACGAUUUUCCACGAGUACUGGGGAAAUAAAAAAGCCACGACGGAAAGCUUCGUCAAGGCAGAUGAUGGGAAACCCUGGUUCCGUACUGGAGAUGUAGCCACGCGACGAGUCGUCGACGGAGCUGGAAAAGGAACCAGCGGGGAGUGGGCUCAGGGACCCAUGUAUUUCAUCAGCGGUAGAAAGAGUGUUGAUAUUAUUAAGACGGGAGGUGAGAAAGUCAGCGCUUUGGAGGUUGAGAGGGAGUUACUUUCUCUUCCCCAAGUAGCCGAAGCAGCUGUCGUCGGCCUCCCAUCUGAACAAUGGGGUCAAAAGGUCGCACUCGUAGUAGUUCUACACCCUGACGCAGCGACAAGUGGUCGAAAUGGUAAAUCGUGGGGCCCAAUGGAUAUGCGUCGGGCGUUGAAGGAUCGGUUGGCAGGGUAUAAGAUUCCGCAGGAGAUGAAGAUUUUGGACAGUAUUCCCAGAAAUGCGAUGGGUAAGGUCAAUAAGAAGGCCCUUGUGAAGGAGGUGUUUAGGAUCUAG